GGAGAGCGGAGAGACUUCUGGGAUAUAAAACCACGACUUUUUUUUGAAAAGAAAGUUUUGUGGAAUCAUGGAGCUCCGUCGGGUCAACUUAUUUUUCUUUUUAUUUAUUAACCAAGUAUUUACCAGCCUUCAGUCGAAAGAACAAAUAUUGCUGGAUAUGAGCGCUUCAGGAUCAGAGUUGGGGUGGUUGACGUUGCCAUAUGAGAACGGAUGGGAGAUAGUCCAGACGGUGGUGAACGGCUCACUUUUCUAUACGUACAGUGUUUGUAGCAUAGACUCUACUGAUCAGGAUAACUGGUUACGCACAACAUUCAUCCAGCGGCGCCCGGGGACGACGCGUGUCUCUGUGGAGCUCCGGUUUGUUGUGCGAGACUGCAACACUUUUGAAGGGGCUUCUGUCGCCUGCAAAGAAACCUUCAACCUUUUCAUCUCUGAAGCUGAUGCCGACGUGGGAACCAACUUCCGUAAAGGCCAGUUCCGCAAAGUGGCCACCAUCGCUCCCGAUGAGGUCACACGGGGCCGUGUGCUAAAAGUCAACACAGAGACAAGGACUGUGGGGCCUCUCUCUAGAAAGGGCUUCUACCUGGCUUUUCAGGACAUGGGGGCUUGUGUGGCACUGCUGUCUGUCAGGGUGUACUACAAGACAUGCCCAUCCACAGUGAAGAGCUUGGCAGCUUUCCCAGAGACCGUGGCGGAUGCUCUCAGGGAGGUGGAGGGAGCCUGUGUGGAGAAUGCCAUCAGCCAGGCCACCCCACGCAUCUACUGCACAGCUGAGGGAGAAUGGGUGGUUCCCGUGGGUCAGUGCCAGUGUCUGGCUGGCUACGAAACCACUGGGGACUCCUGCCAAGCAUGCAAACCAGGCUACUUCAAGCCAUCUGUAUCAAGCCAGUUUUGUCAGGUUUGUCCUGAUAACACCAAGCCCUCUACUGCCGGCGCCACUGAAUGUCUGUGUGAGGAAGGUUUCUUCCGUUCCCCCUCAGACCCUCCUACAUCAGCCUGCUCUGCUCCACCUAGUGCCCCUCGUGACCUGAGCUCCACCACCCUGUCAGCAGAGGGCAGGCUGCAGCUGUCCUGGAGCCCACCAUUGGUGACUGGGGGCCGCGGUGACCUCACCUAUAGCGUGGUGUGUGAGCUCUGCGAUGGGGGCUCGUGUGUCCCCUGUGGCGAGAAGGUCCGUUUCGAGCCAGCUUCUACAGACCUGCAGGACGCCAUGGUCAUCGUUACUGACCUGGAUUCUCAUCUCAACUACACAUUCACUGUGGAGGCUCGCAGCGGCGUGUCCCAGUUUGGUACUGAGAAGCCCACCGCGAGCAUCACCACUGCUCUGGACUAUACUGAUCCCCCCAAGGUGACGAUGAUCCAUCUGGAUGAUCGCAGCCCCACCAGUCUGUCUCUGUCCUGGACUCUGUCUCGCAGGCCUCCAGCCCACAUCAGUCACCGCUAUGAGCUUAUGUACCGCAGAAAAGAUGGUGAUGGCGAGCGAGAUGUGACCACCUACACAGUCCUGAUUUUGGAGAAAAGUUCAGUCCAGAUUAACGACCUCACCCCAGACACUACUUACAUGUUCAGAGUGCAGGCAAUGAGUCCUGAAGGCAACCCUGGCAGCUACAGCGUGGAGCACGAGUUCCAUACUUCACCAUUAGCUGAGUCUCAGAUCCAGAACAACUCCACCAUGGUGAUGGGAGCUGUGUUUGGAGUGGCAGUUAUUCUGCUUGUUGUGGUGGCCGUCCUGCUCUUGCGUAAACGAAGACUGAGCUCUCGUGGCAGGGGAGGACCUGAGGAUCCCUACUUUUCAACAGAUCAGCUGAAGCCUCUGAAGACUUAUGUUGAUCCACACAUGUAUGAGGACCCUAACAUCGCCAUCCAGAAGUUUGUCACAGAAAUUGACCAGGGUGCCAUUAGCAAACAAAAAGUCAUCGGUGUUGGAGAGUUUGGGGAAGUGUUUCGGGGUGUGAUGAAGAGUCCUGGGCGAGGGGAGGUGGCUGUGGCCAUCAAGACCCUAAAGCCGGGGUACUCGGAGAAGCAGAGGCAGGACUUCUUGAGCGAGGCCAGCAUCAUGGGCCAGUUCUCGCACCCGAAUAUCAUCCGCCUGGAGGGAGUUGUCACCAAAUUUAAGCAUAUCAUGAUAGUGACAGAGUACAUGGAGAAUGGAGCUCUCGACACAUAUCUGAAGGACCGUGACGGAGAGAUUCCAUCAUAUCAGCUCGUGGGGAUGCUGCAUGGAAUAGCUGCUGGCAUGAAAUACCUCUCCGACAUGAGCUACGUCCACCGUGACCUGGCAGCAAGAAACGUUCUGGUUAACGGCAACCUGGAGUGUAAAGUGUCUGACUUCGGCCUGUCGCGUGUGCUGGAGGACGACGCUGAGGGCACCUACACGACAAGAGGAGGUAAAAUCCCCAUCCGCUGGACUGCCCCGGAGGCCAUCGCAUACAGGAAAUUCACUUCAGCCAGUGACGUGUGGAGCUUUGGCAUCGUCAUGUGGGAAGUCAUGGCAUUUGGAGAACGGCCCUACUGGGACAUGAGCAACCAUGAGGUCAUGAAGGCUAUCAAUGAGGCCUUCAGGCUUCCUGCGCCGAUGGACUGCCCGUCAGCCAUCAACCAGCUCAUGCUCCAGUGUUGGCAGCACGACCGCUCCAAACGACCACGCUUCUCAGACAUCGUCAACAUUUUGGACAAACUGCUUCGAAGCCCAGAGUCUUUGAAAACCAUUGCUGACUUUGAUCCACGCGUGUCCAUCCGCCUGCCCAGCACCAGCGGCUGUGAGGGCACCAUGUUCAGAUCGGUGCCCGAAUGGCUGGAGUCCAUCAAAAUGAGCCAGUACAACGAAAGCUUUGCUCGCGCUGGGAUCACGACCAUGGAGCAGGUGCUCGCCUUGAGGCAUGAAGACAUCAGGAAUAUUGGAGUGCGGUUGCCCGGUCACAUGAAGAGGAUAGCAUACAGCAUCCUGGGUCUGAAAGAUGAGACCAGCUCCCUCAGCGUGUUUGCAGUGUGAUCUAAGCAUUCCUUCAAAUCAAAGUGCACUGACCGACCAUGCCAUUUCACUCACGGACG